GAAGAAGAAUAUGUUUUCAGGUUACUUCCACCAGUGAAAUAUGUGGUUAUGUCCGUUUAAUGUUAGAGUGCUCAAGAGUAUUGUUAUUGCUGUCAAGGGGCCCCAUAUUAGUGUUCGUUGAUACUACAUGAAAAGCAUUGGGAAUGCAGAUGAAAAGAUGGAACUACAUCAAGUGGAAACAGCUGCAGAAAACACGUCUACCGAACAAACGCCACUGGUGGGCCCCAGUCUUUCGUCAGCCGAACAUUUGGACGUAAACAGCGCGAAACGUAACGAAACUACCACUUCAACGGGUUCGAGCGCAGUUCUGGACAGUAGCCCGAAAGAACCAGAAGCUGCACAAAGCUCAUCUGCUCCGCAGGAGCCUCAAUGCGACCCCGAAAGUGUGCACUAUGAAGGGGAUGUAGCCAUCUAUACAGACAAGGAAACAGGGUAUCAAUACCAAUGGAACGCUGAAAAGAGCGAGUGGAUGAGCAAGCCGAAAGUCACGUAUGACUAUGAAGAUGAAACACAUGUUUACACAGACACUGAUGGUACGAAGCUGUUUUGGGACAAGGCAAAGAAGGCCUGGUUUCCCCGGAUUGAUGAUGAAUUUAUGGCCAUUUAUCAGAUGUCGUACGGGUUCACUGAGGCCCCGAAGAGUCCUGAAAAACCCGAACCCACGCCGGAGGAAACGGCCGAAACUGCCAAGCCCAAGGGGGAGAAAAGAAAAGCCUCGGAACCCACAUGGUUCGAGGUGGACGAGAAGCAAAACACCAACGUCUACGUAUCGAAUUUGCCUUUGGACAUUGAAGAGCAAGAGUUUGUGGACUUUAUGCAAAAGUGUGGCCUGGUGAUGCGAGAUCCAGUUACGGGCAACUUCAAAGUGAAACUCUAUCGAGAACGCGGCACUGGACAGCUAAAAGGAGACGCGCUCUGCACGUACAUUCGGAUCGAAUCAGUCGCUUUGGCGUUGAAAUUGCUGGACGGCUACAUCUACAAAGACCAUAAAGUCAAGGUGGAACGAGCCAAGUUCCAGCUCAAGGGCGAGUUUGAUCCCAAGCUGAAGCCCAAAAUGAAGAAGCGAAAGGACAAGCAAAAGUUGAAAAAACAGCAGGAUAAACUGUUCGAUUGGCGGCCGGAAAAGAAGGAAGGAGACCGCGCUAAACACGAAAGAAUCGUGAUCAUAAAAAACCUGUUCGAUCCGACGAUAUUCGAUAAGGACGUCAGCCUCAUUUUGGAAUUCCAGGAAGAUUUGCGCGAGGAGGCAGGCAAAAUAGGCGAAGUCCGCAAAGUGAUGCUCUACGAUCGGCAUCCAGAAGGCGUCGCUCAGAUCAACAUGGCAUCGCCCGAAGAAGCAGACCAAGUAGUGGCCAGACUAAACGGGCGCUGGUUUAUGAAACGGCAACUGAAAGCGGAGAUUCAUGAUGGAAAAACCAAGUACAAAAUGUCGGAGACUGAUUCACAAAUCAGCCAGCGACUGGAAGGUUGGGACAAGUUUCUGGAAGAAGGGGAACCAAAGCCCGAGGAGACCAGCACCAAAACAUGAGAAAAUUGGGCAGUUUAUUUUAUUUGAUUGCAUAAAUUAAAUGAAGUCAACGUCUAGGUGGACUUUAUGUGUUGGGAAAAUAACGGACGUCUUAUCAUAAAUUAGCAGUUUAUUUUUAUUGAAUGGUUGAGAAUGUCCAUUCUACAUCAAAAUUUAAAAAUAAAAUAACAAAACAAUCUAAACGAAAAAUUAAGUUUUAAUUUACAUGUCUAGGUUAGUAUAAUACUGUAUUACAUACAAGAAAUGCACUUCUAUUGAAACUUA